CGCAGACCCGGGCGCCCGCCAACAUUUUCCAGCUGCCUCUCGACUUCCUCAAUCCAGCGCUAUAAAAGAGCCGCGGCCGCGGCCUCCGCACCCCCCAGCCGCGCCGUCCUCCCGCCGACAGCACGAUGCUGGGGAUGUGGUGGCCCACGGUGCUGGCCCUGCUGGUCCCCGCGGCGGUGGCCCAGUUGCGCCCCGAGCGGGAGCUGGACGCCCAGUGGGAGCUGUGGAAGAAAACCCAUCGCAAGCAGUACAACGGGGAGGCGGACGAGGUGGCGCGGAGGGUGAUUUGGGAGAAGAACCUCAAGUACAUCAACACCCACAACCUGGAGCACGCGCUGGGCGUCCACACCUUCGAGCUGGCCAUGAACCACCUGGGUGACAUGACCAGCGAGGAGGUGGUGAGGAUGAUGACGGGCUUGAAGGUGCCCCGUGGCCGCCCGCGUCGCAACGAGACGCUCUACGUCCCCGACUGGUCUGAGCGAGCCCCGGCUGCCGUGGACUGGAGGAGGAAAGGCUACGUGACCCCCGUCAAGAACCAGGGCCAGUGUGGCUCGUGCUGGGCUUUCAGCUCGGUGGGCGCGCUGGAGGGGCAGCUGAAGCGGAAGACGGGGAAGCUGCUCGCCCUCAGCCCCCAAAACCUGGUGGAUUGCGUGGCCAACAACGACGGCUGCGGCGGCGGCUACAUGACCAACGCCUUCGAGUACGUCCGGCAGAACCGCGGCAUCGACUCCGAGGAUGCCUACCCCUACAUCGGCCAGGAUGAGAGCUGCAUGUACAGCCCCACCGGGAAGGCGGCCAAGUGCCGCGGCUACCGGGAAAUCCCCGAAGGGAACGAGAAGGCUUUGAAGAGGGCCGUGGCCAGGAUCGGCCCCGUCUCCGUGGGCAUUGACGCCAGCCUGCCCUCCUUCCAGUUCUACAGCCGGGGCGUGUACUACGACGAGAGCUGCAACGCCGAAAACAUCAACCACGCGGUGCUGGCGGUGGGCUACGGCACGCAGAAGGGCACCAAGCACUGGAUCAUCAAGAACAGCUGGGGCGAGGAGUGGGGCAACAAGGGCUACGUCCUCCUGGCGCGCAACAUGAACAACGCCUGCGGCAUCGCCAACCUCGCCAGCUUCCCCAAGAUGUGAGCGCUCCUGGCACGCUCCCGCGCCGCGCCCGGCCGCUCUCCCUGCUUCCCUCCCUUCAAGCUUUCCGCUCCCAAUCUCCGAAGCUGACGUUGCCCGUGAGAAAUCUCCCCCGGGAGGCGGGGAGAGAGACCCUCCGGCUGCAGAUGAACGGUGCGAUGAGCGAUGAGCUCCCCCCCAACCGUUUUCCCGGGAUUCCUUUGCCGUGCCGGCACCGCGUGUGCCGGGUUCUGCCCUCCCGCGGCUCCGCGGGGUCUGUUCUGUCCGGAGUUGCUUGUGCAAACCCGUCCCGCACCAGCCUCUGCCCCCGGGAGCGCGGAUGCACCGGGACAUCCCGCACAGGUGGAACGUCCCCAUGGGGAGCGCGGGUCUGUCUCCCCCCACCCUGCGUCCCAGUGGGGGCUGCAGAGGAUGAUACGACUUCAUUUUUAAAAUAAACCCCGUUGGGAAUAAA